AUGGGUGUGAUGGCGGCGUCUGUGGACUUCAAUCGUCUCGCCGGAUUCAUCAUUCUCGAAGUGCUUCGACAAGUGCCUGCGUGCAACGCAAGGUGCCUGCGUGCUGCUCUGCUCACACGCGUGCUGCGCUGUGCUAAACAAACAAAGCCUCCCCCUCGUGCUGCUGCAGGCGCGGACUAUUCUCUUGAAGUGUAUGAUGUCACCCCCACGGAUAUCCUCCCCAACUCCUCCACCCCGCUGGGUCCUCGCCUGCUGUACGGAGUGGGUGACUUGCCUCAAGGCGACCCCAUGCAAGUGGCCAAGCUCAUUCCGCCGUCCAAUGAAUCAAUGCUGCAACCACAUCGACACAAAUCAGUGCAGCAGAUCAACCUCACCGACUCCUCGCGCACCUACCAGCUCUGGUGCCGCUUUCAAGGCUCGGACGAGGCGCGCAACAUGACAGCUGUGUUCCUGGGGGUGAUAAUUGUGGUGGUGGCGGCACUGCUGGCUGCUAUUGGCUUGAGCGUGACGAUCAACACACGGAGGCUGCGCGAGAAGACGGCUGCAUUGGAGAUCCUCAAGGAGAAGGCGGAGGUGGCGGAGCGCAACAAGGGUGUGUUCAUUGCCAACACCGCGCAUGAGCUGCGCACGCCGAUCUAUGGCAUGGAAGGCAUGCUGAAGCAGCUGGACGAGGGGGGGCUGGAGUCGGGUCAGAGGGGGGACGUGGGGGCAGCAGUGGAGGAGGCGGAGCGGAUCCUGUCUCUCGUCAACGCGGUGCUGGAUGUGUGCAAGGCGGACGCUGGCUGCCUGCACCUCGAGAGCCUGCCGUUUGCCCUCCGCCCUUGGCUGCGUGGCGUCCUGCACCCAUACGAGGGGGAGGCGGAGCAGGAGGAGUGCGAGGAGAGGGGGGAGAGGGAGGAGGGGAAGGAGAGGGAGGGGAAGGAGAGGGAGGAGGGGAAGGAGAGGGAGGCGGAGGAGAGGGUAGGUGUUUGGGGACAGAGUGAUGCGAAUCAGGGAAGGGGGGAAGAUGGGAGAAGCGAGAGGGCAGUGUUGGGUGCUGAAGAUGGAGGAGCAGAAGUGGGCGAUGUGGUGUGUGGAGUCAGAGGGGCACCCGUGAUCCCUCUCCAGCAUGGGUUGGAGAACGGUGCAGCGCGGUUGACGAUGGUGGUAGGAGGCGGAAGCGGAAGCGAGAGGGUGUGCAGUGAGUUGAGUGAAGGCAGGGGUGGUGCUGCAUCAUUGGGUGCGGGGGAUGAGGAGGAGGGUGGGCGUAAUGGAGUGGGGUCAUGUGCGGUUGUACAUGGAACAAGAGCGCGUGGGGAGGAUAUUGCAAGUGAAGCAAGGAGGAGAGCACUAGGGGGUGGUGGUGUGGGCUGGUGGAAUGGAGCAGUGGAGAGGUGGUGGCGCUGGUGGGGCAGGGAGGAGGGCAGGGCAGUGGAGGGGGGAGGUGGCAGGCGGUGUGUGAUGCUGCUGACAUGUGAGGACACGGGGUGUGGCAUCGCAGAGGAGGAGCAGCGCGACGUGUUUCAGGCGUUCAUGCAGGUGAGCCCUGCCCCUCAUGCAGGCACACUAAAGAGUCGCACUGUUAUCAGCUUAAAAUGGCUGCCAUCCAUUUUCGCGCUAGUUUCCCAACACACUGAAUCUCCCGUUCUUUGCUUCCCACGCCACCCAUCCCAUCAGACCCGCGUGCAUGGAGGCAGUGGCAUGAGCCUGCACUUGUGCCGGCAGCUGGUAUCGCUCAUGGGCGGCAGCAUUGGGUUGAUCAGCACAGAGGGUCACGGCACCACCCUGCAUGUCGCUCUGCCCAUGCCUGUUGCUGCUGCCACUGCCGCUGCUGCUGUGUGUGGCAUCUCUACUCCAGACCGCACGGAUAUUCCUGGGCCGGCGACGACUUGUGCUGCUUCUUCUUCUGCUGCUGCUGCCGAUGUCACAGCUGUGCCGAGGGCAGUGGAGACGAAGAGUGCGAGAGAUAGUUUGAAGGAGCUGCUGCAGGGAAAGUCGAUUCUGGUGGUGGACGACAACUUGAUCAACCGGCGGGUGGCGGCGAGCACGCUGGCGCGGUACGGGGCGGAGGUGGCGCUGGCAGAGUCGGGCGAGGCGGCACUGCGCCUGCUGCAGGCGUGCCACUCCUUCCGCCUCGUGCUCAUGGACCUCCACAUGCCCGGCCUUGACGGCUUUCAGACCACCGCCCGCCUGCGCGCAUUCGAGGCUGCCGCUCAGACAGCCGAGGCGGCGGUGCGGGGGGGCCAGGGGGAAGAGGGAGAGCAGGGGGGCGGGGCCGUGCAGGGGGGACAGGGAGCCCAAGGCGUGCAGAGCAUGUCAGCGGUGGGGGAGAGUGGAGCAGAGAGCUGGCGCCAGCAUCGGUGCGUUCAUGUGGUGGCCAUGUCAGCAGAUGUGGACAGCAGUGUUGUCGCCCGUGCCACAGAGGCUGGCAUGGAUGGUGCUGUGCAGAAGCCACUCAAUGAGGGACUGCUGCUGCAGGUUUUAUCAACACUUAAUGGGUUGUAA